UCAGGCCCCGCUGGGCGCCUCGGCUUCCAAGUUUCACUGGGGCUUCAAGCCUCUGCUGCUUGGCAGGGGCGCCCUGCCCUCUCCGGGUGCCCACCCGCACCCCACCAGCUGCCCCUGAACUGCAGGGCCACUUCAGUCUUGCCCACUUGGCCCUGUUCCCUGUGGCAUUUCCAGCACGUGUCGAACCUUUCCCAGGCAGCUCUCCCGUGGAGAGCAGGGCACCUUUCCAUAGAACCUCCCUAGGUGUGUGCCGCUCUCCAGAAGGGUUCGCGUCUUGGCCUUAAGCGCAAGCAUUUGACACAAAGGCAAGGGUUUCCUUGCCGCCAGCUCCCAGACAACAGAGGGAGGCCGUGCCUUGGGGGUUGGCACCGAGGUGAGGCAAUAUGGCCACACCAAACAGUGUGUCAGUGCUGUGAAUAUGCACGCUGUGUUCCCCGGCUUCAGUGCCCCAUCUUGUAGAAACAGGUGAUACAGAGCAUGUCCCCUUAAUGUUUAUUUUCCUCUUUCAUGUUUGUAUGGAAGUGAGGGAGUUGUCACUGAGUUCCUCAUGCCGGUGUUUCAUAUGCCAUGUCAUUCAAUUCUAAAUGAUUCCUCUUUUACCAAUAAAGAAACCGUAUCCCAGAAUUUAAAUGGUUUCCCCAAGGGAUCCAAUGAGUGACAAUGAGAAAUUUAAUGAGUCAGUUCUGGGUCCAAAAAGAGUGCAUGAUACAGGCAAGAUACAUGAUACACUCAAGAACUAUUUGUGGAAUGAAUGUGAUUGAAUUCCAUUCUCAUCCCACUGUCUCCCACUAGAAAAACUGUCCAAAGUUAACUAGUCCAACCCCCUCCCCCAGCCUGUCUCACAGCUACAUAGUGCAACAGCUCAGACUAGAAAUGCAGACUCUUGUUCUCCAGUGUAAUGAUCUUCCAGCCGUAGGCAGCUAGAUUUGGUUUGUCAAGCCCUCUGGGGGCAUAUACCUAGAUUAGAGACACAAGCUACUGAUACAUAAAAUAAUUGGCAAAAAAUAAAAGGGCAACAUAUGGCCAUAUGCUAGACUCAGGAGCCACUGCUAUAUGCUGGGUAAAGGAAUUCCUGAAUGUGGAAGAUCCCUGUAGGCUGUGGUAAAGUUUUGGCAUGGACUUUGAAGGAUGUUCAGAUCUUGAGUGGUCCAAAAGGCCACCUCCUUUUCAUUUCCUUAGUCACUGACCUAGUCUCUGUCAUCCUUAGUCUCACCUAGUCCCUCUUCUAUUGUUCCUAAUAUUCAAGUCUGGCAUCAUCCUCUGCUCAGAAGCCUCCUAUGGUUGCCCUUUGAAUGGCAAACUGCUUUUCUAAACUUGCAAAGCCUCCCACCAUAUGCAAAGUAGUGGGGAAAAGUGUCCUGGAUGGACUGGCACUUCCAACCCUGCAAGUGGAACUAUUCUGCACCAUUCAAAAUUUCCCCAAGAACAUAUGUUCUGUGGUGAUCGGGACUCAUUUCGAAGUCCACGAGAACGCUUCCUCAGAGGCAGCCGAGGUGGAGGAAGCAGAGAGGUCCCAGGCCGUGAGCAUGGCUGUGCAGUGGGUAAACGGGGCCCUCACCGAGCAGCUUCAGGGCAUAGCCCCCUCCAACCAGGCCGAGGUGGACCAGGUGCUCAGGAUGUUCUUUGAAAAUAAAGUACAAGAAGACCAGGAGAGAAGAGAAUUGGAAAAGAACCUGGAAGAUUCAAUGGUGCCUGUUUCUCAGACCCCGCCCCCUCCACCUCCACCUCCAGCCAAAAAGAAAGGACAAAAGGCAGGAAUGAAGGACUCUUUUGUGGAGAAGCCCAUCCUGCCCGCGGAGCCCACCGAGCCGGUGCUGUGCGGGAGCAUGGCCAUUGGCGCCGUGUCACUCGCAGCCGCCAAAGCCGGUGCCAUCCUGGACGAGAUGCCUCUGUACCUCCACAUUGCUUCACUCAAGUGCCCGCAGGAGCCGCCUGCAGAGCUCACGGUGCCUCUGGCGAUGGUGUCUUUGGUCAGCUGUGGGAAGUCAUCCCCCGGGAAGCUGAAUCUGAUGAAGGAGCUGAUCUGCAUUCCCCAUCCUGGAUUAUCAGCUAAACAAGGUGUGGAGAUGCUUCUGGAAAUUCAGAAACAGAUUAACAAAACAAUUGAAAUGCCCCCUCCUCCCAAAGUAGAGACGAAAAAAGGGCAUAAUGGAGGCAAACGAGGUCAACAGCUGAUCACUGGGAAGAUGUCCCAUCUUGGCUGUCUAACCAUUAACUACGACACCAUAGAGCAGCCAUUGCUCCUCAUACAAGGAAUCUGUGCCAACCUGGGGCUUGAACUGGGGACGAACCUGCAUCUUGCCAUCAACUGUGCUGCCCACGAGUUGAUGGACUAUAGUAAAGGAAAGUAUGAAGUGAUGACGGGGACGUACAAAUCGGCGGCUGAGAUGGUGGAGCUGUACGCGGAUCUGCUCAACAAGUUCCCCUCCAUUAUCGCCUUAAUUGAUCCUUUCAGGAAGGAGGACGCUGAGCAGUGGGAAAGCAUCUGUAACGCCCUUGGCUCCAGGUGCCAUAUCAUCGCAGAGACUGCAUCCAAAAGUAUUUCCAAACUUCUUGAGGAUGGAAACAUCAGCACCCCCAAGUCCAGCGGGCUGAUCAUAAGACACACAAAUCAAACUACGAUGUCGGACUUGGUGGAAAUAAGCAACCUUAUUGACAGUAAAAGGCGCAUCACCAUCUUUGGAAGUACAGAAGGAGAAUCGUCUGAUGACAGCCUUGUCGAUUUGGCCACUGGACUCGGCGUCCGGUUUGUCAAGUUGGGAGGUCUUUCUCGAGGCGAGCGGGUGACUAAGUACAACCGCCUUCUUACUAUAGAGGAAGAACUUGUCCAGAAUAAAACACUGGGUUUCAACGAAGAACACACAUUUUUUGACUUGGAUGAGGAAGCCGAGAAGGAUGCUGUGACACCCGAGGCUGCUGCCUUUGUGGCUGGUGAGAUGACCCAGCCCCUGGAGCCCAUCUUCCCCACAGAAGUUGGAGAGGAGGCAGCCCAAACAUGAGCGUCUUUGGGUGGAGCUGUACACACUCCAGUUUACACCCACCCUGUCCAUACCAACAGUAGUUACAGACAGGUCAAUAUGGGUGACCUCUCUAUAUUGGUCUUGUGCUAAAACUUCACUACCUUGUAGCUCUUUUUACUCUUUGAAGUUCAUUGUUGGGUAAAAUAAAUGUAUAGUAUUGGUGCCUGCAUCACACAUGUGAACUCUGUCUUGCAGUCAUCACAUUUCCAUGGGAAUCUGUUAGUAGACCAGCUCUCCUG